AUGUCAUCUGACAGUGAGAUGGCAGCUUUUGGGGUUGCCGCCUCCUUUCUCCGCAAGUCAGAGAAAGAGAGAAUUGAAGCUCAAAACAAGCCCUUUGAUGCGAAGACAUCCGUCUUUGUAGUGGAUCCUAAGGUUUCCUUUGUCAAAGGUGUUGUCCAGAGCAAGGAAGUGGGGAAAGUCACCGUUAAGAAAGAAGGUGGAGACUCCGUGACUGUUAAAGAUGACCAAAUCUUCCCAAUGAACCCACCCAAAUUUGACAAAAUUGAGGACAUGGCCAUGAUGACCCACCUCAAUGAACCUGCUGUCCUGUAUAACCUCAAAGAGCGUUAUGCAGCCUGGAUGAUUUAUACCUAUUCAGGUCUCUUCUGUGUCACUGUCAAUCCCUACAAGUGGUUGCCAGUGUACAACCCAGAGGUGGUUAAUGCAUACAGGGGGAAAAAGCGACAAGAGGCCCCUCCUCACAUCUUCUCCAUUUCUGACAAUGCGUAUCAGUCCAUGUUAACUGAUCGUGAGAAUCAGUCAAUCCUGAUCACUGGAGAAUCUGGUGCUGGAAAGACUGUGAACACAAAACGUGUCAUUCAGUACUUCGCGACAAUUGCUGCAGCUUCUGACAAGAAGAAGGAAGAACCACAGCAAACUGGCAAGUUAAAGGGAACCCUUGAAGAUCAAAUCAUCAGUGCCAAUCCCUUGUUGGAAGCUUUUGGAAAUGCCAAGACUGUGAGGAAUGACAAUUCAUCUCGCUUUGGCAAAUUCAUCAGAAUCCAUUUUGGUGCCACUGGCAAACUGGCUUCUGCAGACAUUGAGACAUAUCUGCUGGAGAAGUCCAGAGUUACCUUCCAGCUCAAGGCUGAAAGGAGCUACCAUAUCUUUUAUCAGAUCAUGUCCAACAAGAGGCCAGAACUGAUCGAGAUGCUUCUGAUUACUACCAACCCAUAUGACUAUCAUUUUGUCAGCCAGGGUGAGAUCAGUGUUGCCAGCAUUAAUGAUCAGGAAGAGCUGAUGGCAACUGAUGAAGCCAUAGACAUCCUGGGCUUCACCGCUGAGGAAAAGACAGCCAUUUACAAGCUGACGGGAGCCGUCAUGCACUACGGGAACAUGAAGUUCAAGCAGAAGCAGAGAGAGGAACAGGCCGAGCCAGACGGCACGGAAGUUGCUGACAAGGCUGCCUACCUCAUGAAUCUCAACUCAGCAGAUCUGUUGAAAGCUCUGUGCUAUCCCAGAGUCAAGGUCGGCAAUGAAUAUGUCACCAAAGGCCAAACUGUCCAACAGGUCUACAAUAAUGUUGGUGCUCUGGGUAAGGCCGUCUAUGAGAAGAUGUUCUUGUGGAUGGUCAUUCGCAUCAACCAACAGUUGGAUACCAAACAAGCCAGACAAUAUUUCAUUGGUGUGCUGGACAUUGCUGGCUUUGAGAUCUUUGAUUACAACAGCUUGGAGCAGCUCUGCAUCAAUUUCACCAAUGAGAAAUUGCAACAGUUUUUUAACCAUCACAUGUUUGUCCUGGAGCAAGAAGAGUACAAGAAAGAAGGAAUUGAAUGGGAGUUUAUUGAUUUUGGGAUGGACCUGGCUGCCUGCAUAGAGCUCAUUGAAAAGCCAAUGGGCAUUUUUUCCAUCCUGGAAGAAGAAUGUAUGUUCCCCAAGGCAACAGAUACAUCCUUCAAAAACAAACUUUAUGACCAGCAUCUUGGCAAAUCAAACAACUUCCAGAAACCCAAGCCUGCCAAAGGCAAGGCUGAGGCCCACUUUGCCUUGGUACACUAUGCUGGCACUGUGGAUUAUAAUAUCACUGGCUGGUUGGAGAAGAACAAGGAUCCCUUGAAUGACACUGUAGUGGGGCUCUACCAGAAAUCCUCAAUGAAGACAUUAGCUUUGUUGUUUGUUGAUCGCCCUGCAGAAGAGGGCAAGAAGGCUGCCAAGAAGAAGGGUUCUUCUUUCCAGACUGUCUCUGCACUUUUCAGGGAGAACUUAAACAAACUGAUGAGCAAUCUGAGAAGUACUCACCCACACUUUGUACGUUGCAUUAUUCCCAAUGAAACAAAAACGCCUGGUGCUAUGGAUCAUGACCUUGUGCUACAUCAGCUGAGGUGCAAUGGUGUGCUGGAAGGCAUCCGCAUUUGCAGAAAGGGAUUUCCCAGUAGGAUCAUUUAUGCUGAUUUCAAACAGAGAUACAAAGUUCUAAAUGCAAGUGCCAUUCCAGAGGGCCAGUUCAUUGAUAGCAAGAAAGCUUCUGAGAAACUUCUUGGAUCCAUUGAUGUGGACCACACCCAGUAUAAAUUUGGACACACCAAGGUGUUCUUUAAGGCUGGUCUUUUGGGUCUCCUUGAAGAAAUGAGAGAUGAUAAGUUGGCCCAUCUGAUAACACGCACACAAGCUAUGUGCCGUGGUUUCUUAUCAAGGGUAGAAUAUCAGAAAAUGUUAGAAAGGAGGGAGGCGAUCUUCACUCUUCAGUACAAUAUCCGCUCAUUCAUGAAUGUCAAACAUUGGCCAUGGAUGAAACUGUACUUCAAGAUCAAACCUUUGCUAAAGAGUGCUGAAUCAGAAAAAGAAAUGGCCAACAUGAAGGAAGAGUUUGAGAAAACAAAGGAAGAGCUUGCGAAGUCAGAAGCUAAGCGGAAGGAACUUGAAGAAAAAAUGGUGUCUCUGAUACAAGAGAAGAAUGACUUGCAACUCCAAGUCCAAGCUUUAAGAAGUCAGUUGGAGUUAGGUGGCAUCAAAAAUCAAAUAAAUAAUGAGCGGGCUGAAGAUGAAGAAGAAAUGAAUGCUGAGUUGACAGCCAAGAAGAGGAAACUGGAGGACGAAUGCUCAGAACUGAAGAAAGACAUUGAUGAUCUUGAGCUGACACUGGCCAAGGUGGAAAAGGAGAAGCAUGCUACAGAAAACAAGGUGAAAAACCUUACCGAAGAGAUGGCGGUCUUGGAUGAGACCAUUGCCAAACUGACCAAGGAGAAGAAAGCCCUGCAAGAGGCCCAUCAACAGACCUUGGAUGAUCUGCAGGCAGAGGAGGACAAAGUGAACACUCUGACCAAAGCAAAGACCAAGCUGGAGCAGCAGGUGGAUGAUCUUGAAGGGUCUCUGGAACAAGAAAAGAAGCUUCGCAUGGACCUUGAAAGAGCUAAGAGGAAGCUAGAAGGGGAUUUGAAGCUAGCUCAGGAAACUACAAUGGAUUUGGAAAAUGAUAGGCAGCAGCUGGAUGAAAAGCUGAAGAAGAAAGACUUUGAAAUCAAUCAGCUCCAGAGCAGGAUUGAAGAUGAGCAGGUCCUGGGCGCCCAGCUUCAGAAGAAAAUCAAGGAGUUGCAGGCUCGUAUUGAGGAACUGGAAGAGGAGAUUGAGGCAGAACGGGCAUCUCGCGCCAAGGCAGAGAAACAGAGGGGUGAUCUCUCCAGGGAACUUGAAGAGAUCAGUGAGCGUCUGGAAGAAGCUGGUGGAGCAACUGUAGCUCAGAUUGAGAUGAACAAGAAACGUGAGGCAGAAUUUCAGAAAAUGCGUCGGGACCUUGAAGAGGCCACAUUGCAGCAUGAAGCCACGGCUGCUGCCCUCCGCAAGAAGCACGCAGACAGUGCAGCUGAACUUGGGGAACAAAUUGAUAACCUGCAGCGAGUGAAGCAGAAGCUGGAGAAGGAAAAGAGUGAACUGAAGAUGGAGAUUGAUGAUCUUGCAAGCAAUAUGGAAUCUGUCUCUAAAGCUAAGGCCAAUCUUGAAAAGUUGUGCCGCACACUAGAAGAUCAGCUAAGUGAAUUUAAAACAAAGGACGAAGAGCAUAUGCGUACUAUUAAUGACGUGAAUGCUCAAAGGGCUCGCCUACAAACAGAAGCAGGUGAGCUCUCACGACAGGUGGAAGAAAAAGACUCUUUGAUCUCCCAGCUCUCCAGAAGCAAGCAAGCUUUUACUCAACAAAUUGAGGAACUGAAGCGACAACUUGAGGAAGAGAUAAAGGCCAAGAAUGCCCUGGCUCACGGCUUGCAAUCUUCUCGACAUGACUGUGAUCUCCUUCGAGAGCAGUAUGAAGAGGAGCAAGAAGCCAAGUCAGAGCUACAACGUGCCCUGUCCAAGGCAAAUAGUGAAGUUGCCACAUGGAGAACAAAAUAUGAGACUGAUGCCAUUCAGCGGACUGAGGAACUGGAGGAGGCUAAGAAAAAGCUUGCUCAGCGUCUGCAGGAAGCUGAGGAACAUGUAGAAGCUGUGAAUUCCAAAUGUGCUUCCCUGGAGAAGACCAAGCAGAGGUUGCAGAAUGAAGUGGAGGACCUGAUGAUUGAUGUGGAAAGGUCCAAUGCAGCUUGUGCAGCUCUAGAUAAGAAACAGAAGAACUUUGAUAAGAUUCUGGCAGACUGGAAACAAAAAUACGAAGAAACACAGUCUGAACUGGAAGCUUCCCAGAAGGAAUCUCGGUCUCUGAGCACAGAGCUCUUCAAGAUGAAGAAUGCGUAUGAAGAAUCCUUGGAUCACCUGGAAACCCUGAAGCGUGAAAACAAAAACUUGCAACAGGAGAUUUCUGAUCUCACGGAGCAAGUUGCUGAGGGCGGAAAAGUUAUUCAUGAAUUGGAGAAAGUGAAGAAGCAGAUUGAGCAAGAGAAAGGAGAUAUCCAGAGUGCUCUAGAAGAAGCUGAGGCCUCACUGGAACACGAAGAGGGCAAACUCCUGCGCAUCCAACUUGAGCUCAACCAGGUGAAAUCUGACAUCGACAGAAGAAUUGCAGAGAAGGAUGAAGAAAUUGAUCAGCUGAAGAGGAAUCACCUGAGAGUGGUAGAGUCCAUGCAGAGCACACUGGAUGCUGAGAUUAGGAGCAGGAAUGAUGCCCUGCGGCUUAAGAAGAAGAUGGAGGGAGAUCUGAAUGAAAUGGAGAUCCAGCUCAACCAUGCCAACCGUCAAGCUGCUGAAACACUAAAGAAUCUCCGGAACACACAAGGACUGCUCAAGGACACACAAAUACAUUUGGAUGAUGCUUUGAGAAGCCAGGAAGAUUUGAAGGAACAAGUGGCCAUGAUUGAGCGCAGAGCAAACCUGAUGCAGGCUGAGAUUGAGGAGCUCCGGGCAGCUCUGGAACAGACAGAGAGGGCCAGAAAAGUGGCUGAACAGGAGCUUCUGGAUGCCAGUGAACGUGUGCAGCUCCUCCACACACAGAAUACCAGCCUGAUCAACACCAAGAAGAAGCUGGAAACAGAUAUUUCCCAGAUUCAGAGUGAAAUGGAGGAGACUAUUCAGGAGGCACGCAAUGCUGAAGAUAAGGCCAAGAAAGCCAUCACUGAUGCAGCCAUGAUGGCGGAAGAACUGAAGAAGGAACAAGACACCAGUGCCCAUCUUGAAAGGAUGAAGAAGAACCUGGACCAGACUGUGAAGGAUCUGCAACACCGUCUUGAUGAGGCAGAGCAACUAGCCCUGAAAGGAGGGAAAAAACAGAUCCAGAAAUUGGAAGCUAGGGUUCGUGAGCUGGAGUCUGAGUUUGAGAAUGAGCAGAAGCGCAGUGCAGACGCUAUCAAAGGUGUACGGAAAUAUGAGAGAAGAGUAAAGGAACUAACUUAUCAGUCUGAAGAAGACCGGAAGAAUGUUCUGAGGCUCCAGGAUCUGGUAGAUAAACUACAGCUUAAAGUGAAAGCAUACAAGAGACAAGCUGAAGAGGCGGAGGAACAAUCCAACGUGAACCUUUCCAAAUUCCGCAAGAUUCAGCAUGAGCUGGAAGAAGCUGAUGAACGGGCUGACAUUGCUGAGUCCCAGGUGAACAAACUCAGGGUGAAGAGCCGAGAAGUGCAUAAGAAGGUGAUUGUAAGCGAAGAAUAA